UCCGCUGUUAAGCGCCUCCCCAUUUCUCUAAACUACAUUAUAAUGCAACGGACCUCCCUUUUAACCACAACCCGAAUUUGCUUUCAUUUAGUCUAUAUAUAUUUCUUAAAUAGGUUAAAGUCCUAGAGAUAUAUUUUUUUUAGCUGGGAAUAGCACUUUCGCGCUGGAGCGGUGCGCAAUGCUAUCUCAUGCCGACCUCCUGGAUGCUCGCCUCGGGAUGAAGGACGCGGCCGCGGAGCUGCUGGGCCACCGGGAGGCUCUGAAGUGCCGGCUCGGCGGAGGAGGGCCUGACCCCGGGCACUCCGGGGGGGAGCUCGGCCCGGGCUCGGACGGCGUGGAAGGAGCCACGAUGCUCCCGGGCGACGACAUCAGCGGCGGCGGAGGAGGUGGAGGUGGAGGAGGUGGUGGAGGAUCCAACGCGGUGCAGGUGAACAGCAAAGAGCAGGAGAAGCAGAACAAUAACAGCAACAACAACAACAGGAGCCAGAGCCAGAGCCAGAGUCAGAGCCAGAAACAGAAGCGGCACCGGACCCGCUUCACGCCGGCGCAGCUCAACGAGCUGGAGAGGAGCUUCGCCAAGACGCACUACCCGGACAUCUUCAUGCGGGAGGAGCUCGCGCUGCGGAUCGGCCUCACGGAGUCCCGCGUGCAGGUCUGGUUUCAGAACCGACGCGCCAAGUGGAAGAAGCGCAAGAAGACCUCCAACGUCUUCCGGUCUCCGGGCACCCUGCUGCCCACGCACCACCACGGCCUGUCUCAGUUCCCGUCCGCGGCGGCGGCGGCGGCCGUGGCCAUGGGCGACAGCCUGUGCUCCUUCCACGCCAACGACACCCGCUGGGCCACGGCGGGGAUGCCCGGUGUGUCUCAGCUGCAGCUGCCGCCGUCUCUGGGCCGCCAGCAGGCCAUGGCGCAGUCGCUGUCCCAGUGCAGCCUCGGCGCCGGGCAGCCGCACAACUCCAUGGGUCUGUCCAACAUGUCGAACGGCUCCGGGCUCCAGUCGCACCUCUACCAGCCCACUUUCCCCGGGAUGGUGCCCGCGUCCCUCUCGGGCCCCACCAACAUGACCCACUCGCCGCAGCUGUGCAGCUCCCCGGAGAGUGAGGUGUGGAGAGGGACAAGCAUCGCGUCGCUGCGCCGCAAAGCGCUGGAGCACACAGUGUCCAUGAGCUUCACCUAGUGACCAGGGGCCGCGCGCGCGCGCGCGCACAGAUGUUUUUUUUCUUCUCCGCCGAGAUCUUCUGCAUUUAGUUCUUCUUCUGCAUCCACAUCCAUCCGAACGGCGCGCCGGGAGAAAUACAACCAGGAUAUUUGAUCAAAUAUGAAAUCUCAGAGCACAUCUUAUUUAUUUUUCCUCCACAAAUCACAAACAAGAGGAGAUGGAUCCAUCGAGCAUCGGACGGGUUCUGUUCUAAGAUAUAACUUAUUAUUUCGCAUGUAGCCACGUGGCAACUAUUUAUUUAUCUAUUAAAAUUAACUUAUUUGUUCCUGUAUUUAUUCAUUUGUUCGGCACAUGCGGCCCUCUGGUUCUUUCAGUGAGACAUUUGCUUGGUGUCUGACUGUUUUUUUCUUUUGAAGACAAAUUCUGGGGAUACUUUGAAAUAAAAUAAAAACUUGGUUGUGAUGCCUUUUUAUUUCCCACCUGCUGCACAGCACGCGCCUCUAAACGCCGGGAGGAGGGAUGUUGGACCUUCAGACACCUGGAGGUUUAAAGGAAGAAAGAUUCCCCUCGGAAUCAGGACAUCACGGAAGAGGACUUGACUGCAUGUGCUGUCCGAGGCAAAAAAAACAAAAAAACAAACACGGGAAAUACUAUAAAUUAAGACAUGGAAACUGACUUAACUAUAAUCUGUUAUAUAGGAUGUUUUGUGUAGCGGAAGCACUCUUGUUCCCAUUUGGUCGGUUUGUGAUAACUUCUGUUUCCAGAA